ACCAGCAGCCGAGCCAUUAGUUUUGAACUUGAUCUUGCUUAUUGAUUAUAUCGAAUUCGGCUUGAAUUGGUUGUUGCGAUGAAACCGUUCACUUGUAUUGUGGUCAUUGCGGCCGCACUUAUUGCCUGUGGUCAGGCGCAUAGUGUACAGAAGCGUUCUUUGGGCGCCCUGCUGGGAGGAUUAGGCGGCGGUGGCCAAGGCGGUGGUUGGAGCAGUGGUGGCGGCGGCGGUGGCUGGAGUAGUGGUGGCGGUGGCGGCGGCGGUGGUGCUGGCGGUAUUGGCGCCUUGAUUCAGCAGAAACUGGGCGGUUUGCUCGGAGGUGGUGGCGGCGGACGCGGCGGCGGUGGCGGCCAGGGUGGCUGGAGCGGCGGCGGCGGUGGUGGCGGCCAUGGCGGCUGGAGCGGCGGCGGUGGUGGCGGUCAUGGUGGCUGGAGCGGCGGUGGUGGUGGCGGUCAUGGUGGCUGGAGCGGCGGCGGCGGUGGCUACUCAGGUGGUCAUGGCGGCGGCGGCAGCAGCAAAGUCAUCAUCGUUAAAGUUGUCAACGCUGGCGGCUCAGGUGGUGGUUACGGCGGUGGCCAUGGAGGCUGGAGUGGUGGCGGCGGCGGUGGCGGCUAUGGCGGCGGUCAUGGUGGCUGGAGCAGCGGCGGUGGCGGUGGUUGGGGCGGCAGCGGUGGUUGGUAAAUUAUCAAUCACGCCAAGUCGUCGUAAAAUCACCACACCAACAACAAAGUACACAGUUAAUUUAAGUUGUUAAAGCAAGCAGAAGUUUCAUAGGCUUAAGCAUCACCUUUAGACAUAGGGUUCGUUCACUCAUUUGAUGAAAUCAAAAAGUUCAUUGGAAUUUGAAUAAAAUUUCGUUAAAAAUGUUAAAAAUA